CGUGGAAGGACGCCGAUGCUCUGGGAGCUGCUCACACCAAGCUGAAACUCUUCUGCUCACUUUCACUUUUGCUUUGAUUUGCAGGAAGAAAGCAAGAUGUCUUCUAUUGGGAGCCCGUAUAGCUCUUCUUACGAGGUGUCUACCGGGACGACAAUCAUUGCAGUGGAGUUUGAUGGCGGAGUUGUCAUUGGAUCGGACUCCAGGGUGUCGGCUGGAGAGGCGGUGGUGAAUCGGGUAUUUAAUAAGCUGGCUCCCGUCCAUGACAAGAUAUACUGCGCCCUGUCAGGCUCAGCUGCGGACGCCCAGGCAGUGGCAGACAUGGUACAUUACUACAUGGAGGUGCACAGUGUAGAAAUGGGAGCGCCUCCUUUAGUUCUAGCUGCUGCGAACUUGGUGAAGGGGAUCAGCUAUAAGUACAAGGAAGAAAUGGUGGCCCAUCUCAUUGUGGCAGGCUGGGAUCAGAAGAAUGGAGGGCAGGUCUACGGGACGCUCGGUGGGAUGAUAACACGACAACCUUUUGCUAUUGGUGGAUCUGGCAGCACAUAUAUAUACGGCUAUGUGGAUUCUGUUUUUAAACCUGGUAUGUCAAAGGAGCAGUGCGAGAAAUUUGCUGCCCACGCGGUGUCCCUGGCAAUAGGUAGAGAUGGUUCUAGCGGAGGCGUGAUAUAUCUUGUCACUGUCACAAAGGACGGGACAAAGGAGAACAUUAUCAGUGGCGACAGCAUUCCUCGCUUCUAUGACCUGUAAUAAUGUAAUCACCAGAUGUAAAUAAAUCUCACACUGCUGGAACGUUUUCUGUGGUUAUCCGUGGAUCAUCAGCCAUGGUCAUGAGCUCAAUGUAUAGCAAAAAGCCUUGAUCGAAACACAAGAGAGCAAAAUCACAUUUUUGAAAGACAUUUAUUGGUCAAAGAUAUUAAAGGAGUUUUCUUCACUAA